UCUCUCUCUCUCACUCUGCCUACAAAGCCAACCUAGCUCUAUCUUCACUGCUUUUCUAUCAUGGAAACGUUUUUUAAUAGACGGCGUUAAGAGUGUUGGUUUUAGUUUUACUUUAUUAUACUGAAAUGUAUGACCGUCUGGAUCCCCGCUCGGCCGAGAGAGGAAGGCUUUUUGUAGGUAUAAUACAAGGAAGCGUCGUCUGAGAGAGGGAGAGAGAGGGGGAAGGAUUGACGCUUUUUCCUCCUCUCCUCCUCCUUCUUCCUUUCGCCCCCCUCUUCUCCUCUUUUUGGCGGAGAGAGGAGUUGAGGCAGGAAUAAACGCUUUUUUUUUGUUUUUCCUCUUUUUUAAAUGCAUUUGAAUCCUACUGCGCAACGAGAGAGGAUCACGUGGGAUUGGAGAGAGUUGGAUCGAUUUUGCACAGUUCAAUGUGAGAAAAAGAGAGAGAAACAAUCAACUUCUAUUUCUUUUUUUUACUUCUGUGGAUAACUGGGACUGUUGAUACUUUUGCAUAAUUGCAAGAGAAGGGGAGUAGGUUAUUUGUUCAGCCUUGGAGGUGUGGAGUAUUAUUUCUUAUAUGCCUGGGGUUUGAAAAACAAUGGAGACGCACAUUUCGUGCCUCUUCCCGGAAAUUUUGGCCAUGAUUUUCAGCUAUCUGGACGUGAGGGACAAAGGCAGGGUAGCACAAGUGUGUAUCGCUUGGAGGGACGCAUCCUACCACAAGUCAGUGUGGAGGGGGGUGGAGGCCAAGCUGCACCUCCGCCGGGCCAAUCCCUCCCUGUUCCCCAGCCUCCAGGCCAGGGGCAUCCGGAGGGUCCAGAUCCUGUCCUUGCGCCGCAGCUUGAGCUAUGUGAUCCAGGGAAUGCCUAACAUCGAAUCCCUUAAUCUGUCCGGUUGCUACAACCUCACGGAUAACGGGCUAGGUCAUGCAUUUGUGCAGGAGAUCCCAUCACUGAGGGUUUUGAACCUGAGUCUGUGCAAGCAGAUCACAGACUCCAGUCUGGGCAGGAUAGCUCAGUAUCUGAAGAACCUGGAGGUGCUGGAGCUUGGUGGCUGCAGCAACAUCACCAACACUGGGCUUCUGUUGAUAGCCUGGGGCCUCCACAGGCUCAAGAGCCUCAAUCUGAGGUCCUGCAGGCAUGUCUCGGACGUGGGGAUUGGACAUUUGGCGGGCAUGACCCGCAGCGCAGCAGAGGGCUGUUUGAACCUGGAGUACCUGACUCUCCAGGACUGUCAGAAACUGACAGACUUGUCACUCAAACACAUUUCCAAGGGGCUGACCAAGCUCCGGGUACUGAACCUGAGCUUCUGCGGGGGGAUCUCAGACGCAGGGAUGAUCCACCUCUCCCACAUGGCCUCACUGUGGAGCCUCAACCUACGCUCCUGUGACAACAUCAGCGACACAGGGACCAUGCACCUCGCCAUGGGCACCCUAAGGCUCUCCGGGCUGGACGUUUCCUUCUGCGAUAAGAUAGGCGACCAGACCCUGGCAUACAUUGCCCAGGGGCUGUACCAGCUUAAGUCCCUGUCCCUGUGCUCGUGUCACAUCUCUGACGAUGGGAUCAACCGGAUGGUGAGGCAGAUGCACGAGCUGAGGACCCUGAACAUUGGACAGUGUGUGCGCAUCACAGACAAAGGGCUGGAGCUCAUAGCUGACCACUUGACCCAGCUGGCGGGCAUUGACCUGUAUGGAUGUACCAAGAUCACCAAGAGGGGACUGGAGAGGAUCACACAGCUCCCCUGCCUUAAAGUGUUGAACCUGGGACUCUGGCAGAUGACAGAGAGUGAGAAAGUGAGGUGAUUGGAA